CUUGUGUGUCUGCGGCACUGAUGUUUACGUCCCGCUCUUUUUCCUAAAUAUCUAAUCCAUUUCUCUCUCUCUCUCUCUAAAUUUUUUGUUUGUUGAUUAUGCUGAUUGCAAGAGAAGAAAUGCAGGAGCCUACUAUGACGACGAGCUCAAUUGCAGCGAGCUCUCUGCCUUCGAGCAGUGAGAGAUCUUCGAGCUCAGCUCUCAACAUUGAAGCAAAAGAAGUUAAUGAAGGUAUGGAGAGUGAUGAUGAAAUAAGAAGAGUGCCGGAGAUGGGUGGCGCAAUAGGGUCCGUGGGCGGGGCUGUCCAGCCUUCAUCCGGUGGUUGUAAAGGGAGAGGGAGAAGCCCGGGUGAUAAAGAGAAGAAAAGGUUGAAAAGGUUGUUGAGGAAUCGGGUUUCGGCACAAGCAGCAAGGGAGAGGAAGAAAGCGUAUGUGGGUGAUUUGGAAGUUAGAGUUAAAAAUUUGGAAUCUAAAAACGCUGAGCUUGAAGAGCGCCUUUCCACUUUUCAAAAUGAGAAUCAAAUGCUUCGAAAGAUACUCAAGAAUACGACCAAGGGUGCACAGGAGGGAAACAAAUGACUCUUUUUGUGGAGUCUAUGUACUACUUGGAUCUUUACGACUGUACUAUGAAUUAAUUGUAAUGCUAAUUAACUAAUUUUAAUGAUUUCAUCUCUACUUUUUUUAUUUA